UGGUAUUCCUGCAGGAAAAAUGUACCUUGAUAAUACUUAGGUGGUAUGGGCUAACCCGUGGUUGUAUCAAUGGGGACGGAACGUACCAAUGAAAGACGAAGUGGUACCGUUCAAGUACCGUCGAGGUACCAGUAAUUCGAUGAUCGCUCACCCGCCCCAUCCACUAUCAACGGCCUCCUGAAGACCGGCCGUGACGCCGUCGUAAAAUUAUUCCCACCAUCACGAUGUCUGCAACUUCCACUCCUUUCUUUCUCUCACUCAGACUUUCUGCCUUUGUGUUUUGUGUGUCUGCGCAUCAAACAAUUCUCUUUGAUUUUCGACCCCCUGGUUCAAUUCCUUCAUCCUCGGGACUUUUUCCUAAAUCCCUCCCCCACUACAAUCUCCCCACUUGGGCUUUUCCCCCUAAUAUAGGAAUUCGUCCUUUCUUCCACCUCCACCCCCCUCUCUUCUUUUUAGGUGAUCGCUUUCCCUCCUGACCCGUCAGGAGCAUUCUUUCCUAGCUCAUGUGGAAGCAUCGACCGUCUUCCAGAUCGGAUGCAAAGUCUGGGAGCAUCGAUCCAAGUUCCGAGCGUGGCUUCUUUGGCCGUCCCAAGAAGAAGUCUCCGCCGAUAUUUUCUCGACCAGAGUCCCCCACCCGCUCACCAUUCCGGUCUCUGCGAUCACUCACUCGCUCAGAACGACCGGGCAGUAGGCUGUCCAACCACGCUGGCUCUUUCCGGUCUCGCGCACCUUCAACGGUCACCAGUGGUUCAUUGUACCCUGACCAAUCGGGUUCUGACUGGCAUUCGAAUUCAAUCAAUUAUUCGUCUCAAACGUCGUCCAAUUCCAUAUCAGGCAGGCCAAUGGCAGGCCUAAUGGAUGUUGACCGGACUCGGUCCCGGAGAGACAGGACUUUUGUGGGUAGCGAGUGCGCUGUCUGUGAGGAACCGCUAGAACAUACCCUGCGAGGGGAGCGCGUUCUCCAAUUCUCUUGUGCACAUGUAGCGCAUGAAGCCUGUUUCUACGAGUUUAUUAAAGAGUUCGAGGGACAGUAUUGCCCAACAUGUGACGCCCCAUUGGGGCUGGACACAAGUCGUGGGGGGAAUGUGUUAGACAUCGAGAAACUUAGCAAUAUGGUGCGCUCAGUUACCAGCGAUGCCGCCACACAACGAAGUGGUGUAACCGGGGCUACUGCGCCGUGGGAUCAAAGCACAAACGUAAGUCGCGGCCGGCUGCCCAGUGACGCCGGGAGUAGGCCGUACAACCGCGACAGCCGGGAUAUGUACAGCCGGAGAGACAGCCGUGAUACGGGCGACCCGCGUGAACGGAUUGAGCGUCUGACAUCCGGAUCCCGCCAGCAUCACUCCCGGAAUGGUAGCGCUGCUGGCUCAUCGGGUGACUACAAUGAUAACCAGCAUCCGAGCAACGGAAGACGGCAUGAUUAUGACCUCCAAGCCAUGGAGUCCGAACUGAGCCCUCGCUCUGGGUCCACAAAGAAUCCCAUCCCGGCUCCAACGAUGACAAUUCGGAGCGAGUUUCCAACCCUCAACCGGUCCCGUCAACAACAGCCUUUGACCUGUCUAAUCACCGUCGAAGUCCCUGAAGGCUGGCGUGCAGACUCCGAUGACUUGCGCCACACGUCGACUGGCUCACCACAACCGGAGGAUGAGCCUUACAGUAUGACCCGUUUUCCCGCCGCCCAGGAGUCCCGCCCAUCUCCAUACGAACCACAGGAGAACCUGGAUGAGAUUGCGGAGGAACUGAGGACGAAAGUGGACAACUGGCAUGGUCUUGAGUUUCAGCGGUUCGGAAAGCUUCGCCUGCAUGGACAGAUGCGGGUCGGCAAAGACCGUGAAUCGUGGCAGGACUUGCAAUGCUACCUGUUCGCGGAGAUGCUUAUCUGCAUCAAAGAAAAGAAGGCCAACGAUCACCGCCGCCAAUAUGAUGACAAACCGCGACACACACGGUGUACGCUUAAGGGCUCGAUUUUGAUCAAGAAGCAUCUCAAGCAUGUCGAUGCGGAUACAGAUGAGCCCGUUCUAACUCUGAGUUUAUCCGUCAGCGAACUUCCAUGCUUUUACCUUAGAUUCCAGAACCGGAACCAGUUGGAAAUCUGGCGUCGUGCUCUGCUCGAUCUCCACCAGUUCGAUUCCUUGUCUCGCAGUGCCGACUAUGACCUAGAGAACUCGGGAACCGAGGAGGAAGACUAUCGAAACAGCCAGAUCAAACGGCAGGCAUCGCUGAACUCCUCAUAUGGUGCGGCUCGGUCGAUCAAUACUGCCAUCACUGACUACACGAAUGUGGCCGUGGAAAGUGGACCUAGCCCGUCUCUGCACAUUCCGCUUGAUAUUGUAGUGGUGAUCCCCGUGUCAUCUUCGAUGCAGGGCCUGAAAAUCACGCUUCUGCGCGACGCGCUCAAGUUUCUUGUGCAGAACCUUGGACCUCGGGACCGUAUGGGAUUAGUGACAUUCGGUUCUAGUGGCGGCGGAGUCCCUCUGGUGGGAAUGACAACGAAGUCCUGGGGGGGAUGGGGCAAGAUUUUGAACUCUAUCCGCCCCGUCGGCCAGAAGAGUCUUCGUGCAGAUGUGGUUGAAGGGGCGAAUGUGGCCAUGGACCUCUUGAUGCAACGGAAGCUGUCCAAUCCCAUAUCCACUAUCCUCUUGAUCAGUGACUCGUCUACCUCUGACCCAGAUAGCGUGGAUUUUGUUGUGUCCCGGGCAGAAGCUGCUAAGGUUAGCAUUCACUCAUUCGGCCUGGGACUGACCCAUAAGCCGGACACGAUGAUUGAGCUUUCAACUCGGACAAAAGGCUCAUACCUCUAUGUCAAGGACUGGAUGAUGCUCCGUGAAUGUGUCGCAGGGUGUCUCGGAGCUCUGCAGACAACUUCUCAUCAGAAUGUCAAGCUGAAGCUUCGUCUCCCGGAAGGUUCUCCGGCGAAGUUCGUGAAAAUCAGUGGGGCCCUUCACACCACCAAGAGGGCCACCGGCCGCGACGCGGAGGCCGCUCUCGGUGAUCUCAGAUUCGGAGAUAAAAGGGACAUCUUGGUUCAGCUUGUUAUCCAGCCCGACAACAGUUCUCAGGAGAACAUGCCGCAAGAUCCCUGGGAGAGUCUGGUCUCCGGACUGGAAGCCCUCGGUGGCGGGUCGGAUGGAGAUGAGCAGCGAGUGCUUAGCGUGGAGGAAGUCCCAUUGAUCCAAGCGGAUAUCACUUUUGGAGAUCUUCUCCGUGAUGGCCAUUUGACGCAUUCGCCGCGACCGUCACUUUUGGCGAUCACUAUGCUUCCACCAAACCCCAGGACUCGACAUUCCAGUCGACCGACGACGCCCCCUAUCCCUCCGCAUCCUUCAAUAGUUCAGCGGCGCAUGGAACUACUCACGUCCGAUAUGCUAACUAGAGCAUUGACUUUGGUGUCACGCGGACAUCAUGAUCGUGCGCAACACUUAUUGGUUGAGACCCGCAGUAUCCUUAAGGGUCUUGGUAAAGGAAGCCUGCCCCCGCUCCCACCUGGUGCUGUUAAACCAUCAAGCAUCAGCGACUCUGGCAGCAGAGGUGAAACGCCUACAUCCACUUCUCCAAGAUCUUCUACUUUCGGCGAUGGCCACUCCUCGGCUGUCUCAGACUCAGCCACGGUCACACCAGGAGCCGCGGUUGAUGCGCAGACCAUGCAGGCGCUGGAUGGUGACCUACAAGCAGCGCUCGAGUGGAUCAAUCAUCCUGCAGUGUUUGGCCGGGACUCCCGCAAGGCUGUACUGCAGGGUAUUGGCGUGAUUUCGUCGCAGCGGGCGUACACCUUCCGAUCGCCCUCUGAGGCACACUGGGCCCAGCGGGUGGCUGGAGUUCGACGACUGACCGAACGGUCUAAGGAGUGGCGUGAGACCGGCGAUGACGCAUUGACUGAAGAAUGAACGCUCUGACAUGACUCUCGCUUAUAAACUUUUCUUAUUUCGUCGCAUAUGUUUUCUAUUUCCCCUUAAUCACCCCUUGAGUGGCUACUAAUAUCCCCUUUUUUCCCUUUUGAUUGUUUAUGAUACCACUUUGUUCACCAUGACUGUGCAGCAUGAUACCACGGGUUUGGUUAUUUUGUAAUAUUUUGAUCUGUUCUUACUGGUUGUACCUGUGUAUAUAUCAGCUUAUAUUCUUAAUAUUGGAUGGUGGCAGGCGAACGGGUUGAGUCUGGAUGAUUAACGCCUUUCUUGCUUAUUUUGUCUUUUCCGGGCAGCCCGGGGUUGUGAGUUGUUGAAGCCCGUUCCAACCUUUUAUCAUGUAUCCCACUGUUAUGCUCCCUGUGAUAUGCCACGAUUAAUAUAACCUCGAAUUCGG